GUCAGCCUGAAACACGUCUUCCGACCGUCGCUCCAGGAGAGACUCAUGUCCGCGACUCGGAGGUCCACCGAGGUCGGAGCGGGACCCCCCGUCCUUCUGCUGUCGCUCCUCUGCUGCCUGAAGCUCCCGCUGGUGGAGGGCGGUUCCUGGUGGUGAGUCCUGUGGCCGCGCGUGCGGGAUGAGAACAAAUGUCACAAUGUUGUUGCACGGCCUCCCGCAAAUGGACGCGCCGUGUGUGUGUGUGCGCGCGCCCUUCUGUCUUUGGGAGAACCAGCGUGAGUUGUUCACCAACUGUGAGGGAGGACUUUUAUUUCUGCCAGUGCUCACUUCUUCAACUCCCACUGUGAGGGUGAAGACGCCACCAGAACCGGGUCAUGGUAACUGGGUUCCAGUCUGUGUGUGUGUGUGUGCGUGCGUGCAUGUGCUUGUGUCUUUCACAAGACGCCGGCCUAACGGGGUUCAGGUCAGCCGUGCGUGGCUGGGGAAAGGGCGAUGGCCAGGAGGGGUCCUCGCAAGGACAGACGUGUGCGUGACAUCUCCCCUGUCUCGCAGGUCUUUGGGUCUGAAUCCCGCCCAGCGUCCAGAGAUGUUGGUCCUCGGAGCGCAGCCGCUGUGCAGUCAGCUGUCCGGGCUCUCGCAGGGCCAGAGGAAGCUGUGCCAGCUCUACCAGGACCACAUGAGCCACAUCGGAGAGGGAGCCCAGGCCGGGAUCCGGGAGUGCCAGUUCCAGUUCCGGCAGCGCAGGUGGAACUGCAGCACGGUGGACGACUCGUCCGUGUUCGGGCAGGUGCUGCAGAGAGGCUCCAGAGAAACGGCCUUCACCUUCGCCAUCAGCGCCGCCGGAGUGGUCAACGCCGUGAGUCGCGCGUGCCGGGAGGGCGAGCUGUCCACCUGUGGCUGCAGCCGAGCCGCGCGGCCCCGGGACCUGCCCCGGGACUGGCUGUGGGGCGGCUGCGGCGACAACGUGCACUACGGUUACCGCUUUGCCCGAGAGUUCGUGGACGCUCGAGAGAGGGAGAGGACCUUCCCCAGGGGCUCCAGCGAGCACGCCAGGACCUUGAUGAACCUCCAGAACAACGAGGCUGGACGCCAGGCCGUCUACAACUUGGCUAACGUGGCCUGCAAGUGCCACGGCGUGUCUGGCUCCUGCAGUCUGAAGACUUGCUGGCUCCAGCUGGCGGACUUCCGGCGGGUGGGCGAGUUUCUGAAGGAGAAGUACGACAGCGCCGCAGCCAUGAAGAUGGGCCGCAAGGGCAAACUGGAGCUGGUGGACAGACGCUUCAAUGCGCCCACCCCGGAAGACCUGGUCUACAUCGACCCCAGUCCGGACUACUGCCUCCACAACCAGACCACCGGCUCCCUGGGGACGCAGGGCCGCCAGUGCAACAAGACCUCGGAGGGCACGGACGGCUGCGAGCUCAUGUGCUGCGGCCGAGGCUACGACCAGUUCAAGACCCUCCGGCACCAGCGCUGCCACUGCAAGUUCCACUGGUGCUGCUACGUCAAGUGCAAGCGCUGCUCCACGCUGGAGGACCAGUUUGUGUGCAAAUGACUGAGGGUUCUCUGGUGGAACCACAAACAGACGCCCUGCGGGCUCCGGUCAGCACUGACAGAGUUGGGUCUGAGCUGGGCCUCUGCGUUCCAGAGUCCAAGAACCUUCCAGACCUUGGUGGAGACACGCAGAGGCCAGGAGGCUCCGAGCAGACGCUGCUCACGACUGUGGAGCAAAGACUCGACGGAGAGCGGGACCAGGCUCCACUGUUGUCCCCGGACUCUUCUGCAGCUGCAGACCUCAUGGGCAUGUUCCAACACUACGGUGGCUGGCAGAGGCCAAACCACUGUCACAGGAAUGUUCCCGACCUCUCCCUUUCCAUUGUGUGGAGCUUUAAUAAUAAA